AUGGACUCCCAUCAGGCAAUCGCUGUCGAGUCGCGGCGGCUGCAGAGCUUUUCGCUCACCCCGGAUCAACUCAAGAAGCUGUUUGACAACCGUGAUGUCGAAGACCUGCGGACGCUUCUCGGCCCAGAUACCACCCUCAAAGCCCUCCUGCAGGCCCUGGGCACCGACGCCGUGCGAGGCAUCUCGGCGGACGCUACCGAGCUGGAGCACCGCAGAUCGACCUUCAAGACCAACACGCUGCCCAGCGCCCCGGCCUCGACCAUAUGGGAACUCCUGUGGGAUGCCGUCACAGACACGACGCUCUUGGUUUUGAUUGCGGCCGCCUUCGUCGACCUGGGUGUGGGCAUCUACAAGGUGUAUGCCCCUCCCCCUCACAACGAAAAAUACGCAUACGUCGACGGCCUGGCCAUUCUUAUCGCCGUGGUGCUGCUCGUCCUCGUCAACUCGAUUAACGAGUAUCGCAAGCAGGGCCAGUUCCUCAAGCUGAGUGCAGCUCAGUCCUCGCUGACUCUGGUCAAGGUCAUUCGCGAGGGCACCAUCGUCCAUGUCCCUUCCGUCGACCUCGUCGUUGGCGACAUCCUGGCCAUCGAAACGGGCGAUCAGAUUCCCGCGGACUGCCUGGUCGUCAACGGAUACAACAUGCUGUGCGACGAGAGCAGCGUCACGGGCGAAUCCAACGCCGUCGACAAGCGUCCUUGGUCGGGUCGGCCGACUGUCCAAGCAGGCGCGACCGACCCCUUCCUGCUCUCGGGGACGAAGGUGGUCGAUGGCGUGGGCCAUGCCGUGGUGCUCUGCGUGGGCGAGCACUCGCUCCAGGGCAAGGCCAUGCUCGAACUCCAAGUCGAGAGUGAGGAUACACCCCUGCAAGUGCGCCUCGGUACCCUGGCCACAACCAUCUCAAAGUACGGCCUCGGUGCUGCGAUUGUCUAUGUCGUCGUCCAGGUGAUUUGCUAUUUCGCCAAUGGCGUUGGCUUGAAGGACCAGAUCGCCAUUGCCAACGACGUCAUCGAGAUCAUCAUCCAGGGCAUCACCAUCGUCGUGAUCGCCGUCCCCGAGGGCCUGCCCGUCGCUGUGACGCUGUCGCUGGGCUUCACGACCCUGAGAAUGCUCAAGGACAAUAACCUCGUCCGCCACCUGUCUUCGUGCGAAACCAUGGGCAACGCCACCACAAUUUGCUCCGACAAAACAGGAACACUGACUAUGAACCGAAUGAAGGUGGUCAAGGGUAUCCUCUGCCGAGUUCCCUUCGAAUCCAAAUCCAUCAACGCGCUCAAAAAAAUAUUUGACGAUGGUCCCGGGAAGGAGCUGCACAGCCGGGUUCUGCACAUUGCCCUUCGGAGCAUCAACGUCAAUACAAGCGCACACUAUGGUAUCUAUGCCACCGGCGACAACCAGCUGCUCAAGAACUUGACUCCAGGCAACCAGACCACCCCCGAGCUCGUUGGCUCCAAGACCGAGAUUGCCCUGCUGAAUCUGACCGCGAGUCUCGAUCGCCCGUACCCCAUCGAUCGUGACGAGGCCGUGGUCGUCGAGGUGGUGCCCUUCAACAGUGAGCGUAAGAAGAUGUCGACCGUCGUGCGGGUCAAGCGCGACACCGCGCUCGAGCAGUAUAUGGAGUGGCCCUCGGAGAUCCUCGUGAAUCUCAAAGAUGGCGAUGCAGGCUACAUGAUUUACUCCAAGGGUGCACCCGAGCUGAUUUUGGAGGCGUGCAAGUUCUACAUCAACGAGCACGGAAAGGUUCGCCUCCUCGAUGAUGCUGCGCGCGCCGAGUUCAAAAAGUGGAUCAAGUCGUGCUCGACAGAGGGGCUGCGGAGCCUCGGAAUCUCGUUCCGCCCGAUGGGUCCCAGCCAAUUUCGACCUGGCGAAGCCUCGACGCGAAACUCGCUGGCCAACCUGGGCACCAUCACGGUGCACGAGCUGCACAUUCCCGACGACAGCGACAUGAUCCUGCUGAGCAUUGUCGGCAUCGAAGACCCGCUCCGGCCGGAGGUGCCGCACGCCAUCCAGCGGUGCCAAAACUCUGGAAUCAUCGUGCGCAUGGUCACGGGCGACAACAUCGAAACAGCCCGCCACGUUGCCCGACAGUGCGGCAUUCUCCCACCGCCGCAGCCGAGCUCGCCAGGGUCGCCGCCGGGUUCGCUGAUGCACUACCACGGCCUGGGGCGCGACGAACAGGUCGUCGUCGAGGGUCGGGUCUUCCGGACCCUCGAUCACGAACAGAUGGUCGAGAUCCUGCCAAAGCUCAGGGUUUUGGCACGAAGCACACCGAGCGACAAGAAGCUGCUUGUCCAGAAGCUCAAGGAGCUCGGCGAGUGUGUGGCUGUGACGGGCGAUGGCACCAACGAUGCGCCGGCACUCAGGGCUGCGGAUGUUGGGUUUGCCAUGGGAGUUGACGGAACAGACGUGGCCAAGCUGGCGUCGGACAUUAUUCUGCUCGACGACAACUUUACAACCCUGCAUCACGCCGUAAUGUGGGGCCGGAACGUCUAUGAUGCCGUCAAAAAGUUCCUCCAGUUCCAGCUCACCAUCAACUUGACCGCAGUUCUGAUUACCAUCGUCAGCUCCCUCAACUCAACCUUCACCAAACAAAGCCCGACCUCGGUCUUGACGGUGGUCCAGCUGCUCUGGGUCAACUUGAUCCAGGACACCUUUGCAGCUUUGGCCCUGGCCACCGACGAACCCACCCCGGAUAUGCUCGACCGGCAACCCACGCGCAAGGACGAGUCUAUGUUUUCCAUUGACAUGUACAAGCUCAUUUGCUCGCAGGCGCUUUACCAGAUCGUAAUCUGCUUGCUGCUGUACCAACAGGCGGUCACUUGGUUCGGCCCAAGCGACGGCGGGCUUCCUGUGGACCAGGCCGAGAGCCUCACCUCCAGUAUCGUCUUCAAUACCUUUGUGUGGAUGCAAAUCUUCAAUCUUAUCAACUCAAGAAGCCUCACCAACAACCUCAACGUCUUCCAAAACAUGUUCAAGAACUAUCUGUUUCUGAUGAUCUUGUCGGUGUCGAUCAUUGUCCAGAUCAUCAUCAUGGAGACCGGCAACACCGUCUUCCGCGUGACGCAGCUGACGGUCGCCCAGUGGUUCAUCACCAUUGGAAUCGGCGCCGGAUCGCUGGUGGUCGGCGCCAUCGUCCGGCUGAUCCCAAACUCGCUGUUCUCGUGCGCGGGCCUCGCCAGCAGGAGUCGUCAACGCGAGGGCUACCAGGCCCAAGUGCGCUCCAACGACAAGAUCGACGAGGAGUCCCUGCGCAUAUCGGUUGUUUAG